AUGCAGCGACUUGCAUGUAUAUAUAUGGUUGUGAUGUGCACUUGGGUGGUAGCGGCGCAGCGGGAGCAGCAACAGCAGCAGCAGCAGCAGCAGCAGCAGCAGGCACAGCUCAAGGUAGAGGUGCUAAGCAGACCCAGCACCUGCCGGGUACAGUCAACAGGCGGGGACAAGAUACAGGUUCAUUAUGUUGGUCGUCUCACUGACGGCAAAAUCUUUGACCAAAGUGCAACGCGCGGGGAGCCCUUUGAGUUCCGGCUGGGGUCUGGACAGGUGAUCAAGGGCUGGGACCUUGGUCUGGAGGGUAUGUGUGUGAGUGAGCGACGCAGACUUACCAUACCACCUAACCUGGCUUAUGGCAAGAAGGGCGCAGGAGGAGUCAUACCCCCAGACGCCACACUGAUCUUCGAGGUGGAGCUGGUGCAGCUGCCAGAUAAGGUGGUGAUAGUGGACGAGGAACCUGAGCGUCGACCAGCACCUACACCAGAGGUCUCCACAUCUCCCACCAAGCUGGUGUCACAGACAUUAGUGCGACCUGCAACAUGCUCUAGUCUGGCCACCACUGGUGAUACAGUCAGUGUCCACUACACUGGUCAGCUCAUAGAUGCCAAGAAAUUUGACUCUAGCCUGGAUCGUGGGGAGCCCUUCGUGUUUAAGCUCGGGGAGGGCGCAGUGAUCCGUGGGUGGGAGGAAGGUGUAGCUGGUAUGUGUGUUGGAGAGAGUCGUCUACUGGUAGUUCCACCUCACCUGGCGUAUGGCAAGAGAGGCGUCGGAAAUGUUAUACCCCCAGAUGCGACUCUCAUCUUUACUGUCCAGCUGCUGAAGAUCAACUGAUGUGAGUUGGCUCCUUGUGAGCUGCCUUGUGAGCUGCCUUGUGAGCUGCCUUGUGAGCUGCCUUGUGAGCUGCCUUUUGAGCCUAUAUCUUCACAUUACCUGCUAGCCUUGUUACAUGUUACCUUUUUGCUGUUGCAUUUUGUUAAUUGUUUAAAUUCUUUGCUACGCUACAAUUAUACAUUAAAAAAAGUUCCCCUUUCAUUGCAUCCGCCAAGUUUUUAUGUUCUCAGAAUAAUAUUAAUAGUGUAAUUAAUACUAAUUACUAUUGGUUGCGCAAUGAACACUAGUCAGUGGAAACAGGGAGGUAAAAUAUCACAUUUACAGAGAGGAAAUUACUGAGAAGUUAUGUCUGUGAAAGAGUUUUCUUCAGUCAGUAACCGAAGAGGACUGUUUACCUGGCGAAAUGUUCUGGUGAUGCUCCUUUCUGCGCGUAUUUCUUUUUCAUCAUUAGGUUAGGUAAGGUUCGUCAGGUAACAGGACAAGUGUUUCCUGACGUAGGAGGUUUUGGUCAUCUAACCGAGGACUUCCGCUGGCUUACCGGUUCACCCCUUUAAAAAUUAUGGUCAAUUAUAACCAUUUAGUUUUUUUUUCACCAUUAUUGUUUUUGUUUCAUUUGUCUGCAAUAGAAACAUAGAUAUACAUUUGAGACAGUAAAUAAAAAAGUUGUAUUAUUUCGUCC